GAAAAGUCAGGAGAGAGAGAGAGAGAGAGAGAGAGGCAACGUCACUGCAGGAAAAGAUAGCCACACACUCAAAGUGGGAGAGAGAGAGAGAGAGAGAGAGAAAGAAAAAGAAGUUGUAAACCUUUUUUGUGCUCUGAGUUGGGAAGGAAGAGUUCUCAGCUCUGCCUGAGUUUCCCUUUUCCCCCGCUGAGACAGUGGAAAGAGCCGGAGCUUCUCUGCAGAGUCUGGGAGACAGCGCAGAUUGCAGAGGGAAGGGCUUUGAAAACUGAGCGUGAAGAAAAGAGAAAAGGCAAAGUGGUUCCAGAGGAAAUCAUGCGAGUGGAUGCUGCUGUAUCCAGUGUCAGGUUUCAGAAAAUGAGAGUCCAGUGCAAAAGAGCUUCUGCAGGGUCUGUCCAGCUGAGAAAGGCGAGUGCUGAGGAUGCCAGCUGUUAACACCAUGACCGGUGGGAGGGCAGUGCUGCUCUGUACAAACGCUGAGAACUGCAUCUACCAAUCUGUCGACAGGCUUCAGUGCUGUGGGCUGAAGAUCGGGGAGCCCCCUGCUGUGGGUGCCCAGUGGCCAGCCAAACUGAAGGACGGUGAGGCCAAGCCCCCCCUCACCCCCCUGGAGAACCUGAGCGUCAGCUCAGGGUGCGCCGCCAUGCUCGCCCACAAGAGGGCGACCAGCGCCGACCCCCGGGCCAAUGAGAACGGGCUGGCGGGGGUCAGAGGGCUCUCCAGAGCCACGGCGGGCCUGAAGAGCAGCGCCAGCAUCCGGGACAAGAUCUCGCAGUGGGAGGGCAAGAAGGAGUCCCCGCCCACCACACCCGCUGUGCCCGCCGCACCCGCCACCCCGCCAUCCUGCCCGCUGGCGAGCGCCAAGGAGGCGGAGCCCGCCAGGAAGAAGGACUCCAAAAGCGUGGAGCCCCAAAGGGAGGAGGGCAAGAGGUUUGUGAGCUGGGAGAGGCAGGACUCUGGGAAGGAGAACUCUGGGAAGAUGGUCGACUCCAGGCCCAGGUCACCUGAAGGGCCCGGGCGGGACAGGGAGGGGGUUCGGGGGAAGCCCGCCGACAACGCCCAGGACAAGAGCUCGGUUCUGACCCACAUCAAGAAGCUGGAGCAGGCCAUGAAGGAGAGCCCCAGCAAGCCGUCCAUUGCGUUGCCAGGAAACUACUUCUGCCCCCCUUCCAGGGAGGAGCAGGAGGAAGCGGCGGAGGCGAGGGGGUCGGAGCCCAUUUUCGGGACGCUGGACGUGGCGCGGCCCGUCGGGGAGCGCCGGAGGCGGGACGCGGAGAACGUGUACACCGAGCCGGGGGCGCCGUCCAUCAACCCCCUCCCGAAACCACAGCGCACCUUCCAGCACCACACCCCCAACAAGACCUCCAACUCCGCCCCGGGGCUGGGGAGGGCCAGGAGGAACCUCCCCCCUCUGCCCUCCAUCCCCCCUCCCCCACUGCCCACCUGCCCCCCUCCAGGGGUGAACAGGAGGCCAUGGGCCGACAGACCCAGGGACAGCAGCAACAGGAAGUCCUACGAGUUUGAGGACGUCCUGCAGCUGUCCACGGAGGGCUGCAGGGUGGACUGGUACGCCCAGUCCAAGCUGUCCCUCACCCGCACUUUGUCAGAGGAGAACGUCUAUGAGGACAUCCUAGACCCCCCGUCGAAGGAGAACCCCUACGAGGACAUAGAGCUGGAGAGCCGUUGCCUUGGAAACAAAUCCCCUCUGCCCCAGAGUCCAUCCUCCCCUGUUCCUGACACCCCAACUAAGCUCUCCUGCAAGCCCGGCUUCUUCCGGCAGAACUCCGAGCGCCGCAGCUUCAAGCUGCUGGACCUGCGCAAGACCAACCGCGAGGGGGGCGUGGCGUCCCCCUCCCGAAUCAGCCCCCCGUCCACCCCCAGCAGCCCCGACGACACCCCCUGCCUCUCCGGGGACCCCAACAACCGCAGGCGCAGGAAAGUCCCCAAGCUGGUGCUGAAGAUCAACGGGAUUUUCGAGGCGCGGAGGGGAAAGAAGCGGAUGAAGAAGGUCUCUCAGUCCGCGGAGUCCAGCUCAGGAAGGGUGACGGAUGAAAACAGCGAGUCUGACAGCGACACGGAGGAGAAGCUGAAAGCGCAUAGCCAGAGGCUGGUGUCUGUGCAGUCCAUGCUGAGGCAGACGGGGCGCUACCGCACGCUGGAGCGGGACCUGCUCGAGCUGCAGGAACGCCGGCUCUUCGAGUACUUCCUGGUGGUGGCGCUGCACAAGGCCAAGGCCGGCGCCCCCUACCUGCCGGAGGUCACCCAGCAGUUCCCUCUCAAGCUGGAGAGGAGCUUUAAGUUCAUGCGGGAGACGGAGGACCAGCUGAAGGUCAUUCCCCAGUUCUGCUUCCCGGAUGCCAAAGACUGGGCGCCUGUGGACAGCUUCGCCAGUGAAACCUUCUCCUUUGUGUUGACUGGCGAGGACGGCAGCCGGCGGUUCGGAUACUGUCGCCGCUUGCUGCCCAGCGGUAAGGGCCGGCGCCUUCCGGAGGUGUACUGCAUCGUGAGCCGGCUGGGCUGCUUCGACCUCUUCUCAAAGAUCCUGGAUGAGGUGGAGAAGCGCAGGGCCAUCUCCCCCGCCCUGGUGCAGCCCUUCAUGAGGGCCGUCAUGGAGGCGCCCUUCCCCGCCCCCGGCAGGACCAUCACCGUCAAGAACUUCCUGCCCGGCUCGGGGACGGAGGUGAUUGAGCUGUGCCGGCCGUCAGACUCCCGCCUGGAGCACGUGGAUUUCGAGUGCCUGUUCUCCUCCCUCAGCCUGCGCCUCCUCCUGCGGGUCUUCGCCUCCCUCCUGCUGGAGCGCAGGGUCAUCUUCACCGCCGACAAGCUCAGUACCCUGUCUCAGUGCUGCCACGCGGUGGUGGCCCUGCUGUACCCGUUUGUGUGGCAGCACACCUACAUCCCUGUGCUGCCCCCCUCCAUGAUCGACAUUGUCUGCACCCCCACCCCCUUCAUCGUGGGGCUGCUGUCCAGCUCCCUGCCCCGCCUCAAAGAGCUGCCCAUCGAGGAGGUGCUGGUGGUUGACCUGGGUAACAGUCGCUUCCUCAGACAGAUGGACGACGAGGACUCCAUCCUGCCCCACAAACUGCAGGCGGCACUGGAGCACGUCCUGGAGAGGAGGAGGGAGCUGGCCUGCGAGAGGGGAGAGAUCUCCAGCGACUCCAGCUCCCUCAGCGCUGUGGUGUCUGAGGCCUUCGUGCGCUUUUUCGUGGAGAUGGUGGGCCACUACCCGCUCUUCCUGGGUGCUGGGGAGCGCGAUGAAGAGUCCUCCUCCUCCCCCUCCUCCUCCCCCACCCCCUCCUCCUUCCAGCGCGAGGCCUUCCGCAAGGCCGUCUCCUCCAAGAGCCUGCGCCGCUUCCUGGAGCUCUUCAUGGAGACGCAGACCUUCACCGGCUUCAUCCAGGAGAGGGAGCAGCGCCGGCAGGGCGUGAGAGGCCUGUUUGAAGUGAGGGCUCAGGACUACCUGGACUCUCUUCCUGGGAGCGAACACCGCGGAGUCAACAAGUUCCUCAAAGGCCUAGGCAAUAAAAUGAAAUUCCUGUCCAAAAAGUGAUGAGGAAUGUUGGACCCAGCUGCUCAGCAGCGUGCAGUGCGUGCGUGAGAUGGCUGACAGGUGUUUUUUUACGAUCUGGAAGCCUGACUCACAAAAACAAGCUCAACAGCAACGGGGACCCGCAUAGCCGCAGUUCUGCGCAGCCUGACUGCUAAAGCUGUGUGAAACUCCAUUUCAACCCUGAGGAGAGAGGGGGGCUUUUUGGGCUAACUGAGGCUCGGGCUGAUAACUCUCAAUGCGCUUUGUUUUAUCACUGCCUGCACCAAAAUACCGAUUCAUAUGGCGGCAGUCACUUCCUCUCACUGCCCUGAUGGGGGCGGACUAAUGGCUGGUUAUUAUCGUGUCCUGUGUCUCUUCACUUCACUAGUUUACUGUCUCUCCUCCAAAAUGGACGCUGAAUUCUCUCAGCUGCAGUGGACCAAAUGAGUGGCACACCAGGAGAAGUGAAGAUGUGGGCUGAGCAGCCAAAGGAGAAUUUUUGUAGUUUUUUUUAUUAUGAUUUAAAAUUUUUGUAGUUUUUAAAUAAAUGUGGAUAAUUUUUUUUUUGUUUUUUUACAUUUGAACACAGUACAACUUCUUUUGAAACAGGAGGCUAUAAAUUAAUUUAUAUUCUUUUCAGACAAACGUUAUAUCUUUUUCUUUCCAUUUCAGAUGAAGCAAAAAAAAAAAGCUAUGGUAGUUGUCGGUUUUUUAAAAAAAUAAUCAGGGUGUUUCGCACAUUUGGGACGUGAGACCACUUUGUGUUGCCACAGUGACGGGGGAACUCACUGUGGCGCUGACUUUUAAAGGAGCGGGCUGAUGGAUGGAUGAUGCAAGAGGACUGUGAAGAAGAGGAUGCUGGGAUAUGUGAACUACGUGAGAUGCUUCUAUGAGAAGCACAUACUGGCAAUAUUGGACCUGAAGCACAAGGAGUCAAGGCUGAAAAUAGAAAGUGGAAUGAAUGGUAGUGCUGUAAAGAAAAGGAAAUAAAAAUGUUGUUUGUUGUGAUUGCGAUUUUGUUUUUGAAAGACCACUUGAUUUGUCUUAAACUUGAUCUGAGAAGCAACGAAACUGUGUAAAAAUAAAAAAUUUUAAAAAUGAAAAGGUGUUCUAA